AUGAGGUCGGAGAAAUCCCUGACGCUGGCGGCGCCGGGGGAGGUCCGCGGGCCGGAGGGGGAGCAACAGGAUGCGGGAGACUUCCCGGAGGCUGGCGCGGGUGAGGGCUGCUGCAGCAGCGAGCGGCUGGUCAUCAACAUCUCCGGGCUGCGCUUCGAGACUCAACUGCGCACCCUGUCGCUGUUCCCCGACACGCUGCUGGGGGACCCUGGCCGCCGCGUCCGCUUCUUCGACCCCCUGCGGAACGAGUACUUCUUCGACCGCAACCGGCCCAGCUUCGACGCCAUCCUCUACUACUACCAGUCCGGGGGCCGGCUGCGGAGGCCGGUCAACGUGCCCCUGGACAUCUUCCUGGAGGAGAUCCGCUUCUACCAACUGGGGGACGAGGCCCUGGCCGCCUUCCGGGAGGACGAGGGCUGCCUUCCCGAGGGCGGCGAGGACGAGAAGCCCCUGCCCUCCCAACCCUUCCAGCGCCAGGUGUGGCUGCUCUUCGAGUACCCGGAGAGCUCGGGGCCCGCCAGGGGCAUCGCCAUCGUCUCCGUGUUGGUCAUCCUCAUCUCCAUCGUCAUCUUUUGCCUGGAGACUCUGCCCCAGUUCCGUGCAGAUGGUCGAGGUGGAAGCAAUGGUGGCGGCGUGAGCAGAGUCUCCUCAAUCGCCAGGGGGAGUCAGGAGGAAGAAGAGGAUGAAGACGAUGGCUAUACAUUUCAUCCUGGCAUCACCCCUGGGGCAGGGGGCUCCUCCUCACUGAGCACUCUGGGGGGCUCCUUCUUUACCGACCCCUUCUUCCUGGUGGAGACCCUGUGCAUCGUUUGGUUCACUUUUGAGCUCCUGGUGCGUUUCUCCGCCUGCCCCAGCAAGCCGGCCUUCUUCCGCAACAUCAUGAACAUCAUCGACUUGGUGGCCAUCUUCCCCUACUUCAUCACCUUGGGCACCGAGCUGGUGCAGCAGCAGGAGCAGCAGUCAGCCAACGGAGGGGGUGGCCAGAACGGGCAGCAGGCCAUGUCCCUGGCCAUCCUCCGAGUGAUCCGUCUGGUCCGGGUGUUCCGAAUCUUCAAACUCUCCCGCCACUCCAAGGGGCUGCAGAUCCUGGGCAAGACCCUGCAGGCCUCCAUGCGGGAGCUGGGCCUGCUCAUCUUCUUCCUCUUCAUCGGAGUCAUCCUCUUCUCCAGCGCCGUCUACUUCGCAGAGGCUGAUGAUGACGAUUCGCUCUUUCCCAGCAUCCCAGAUGCCUUCUGGUGGGCAGUGGUGACGAUGACCACAGUAGGUUAUGGGGACAUGUACCCCAUGACAGUUGGAGGCAAGAUCGUGGGCUCCCUCUGUGCCAUCGCUGGGGUCCUCACCAUCGCCCUGCCAGUGCCGGUCAUCGUCUCCAACUUCAACUACUUCUACCACCGGGAGACGGAGCAGGAGGAGCAAGGCCAGUACACCCAUGUCACGUGUGGGCAGCCUGCGCCGGACUUGAAGGUGGCCGACGGUGGACUUGGCAAGCCUGAAUUCUCUGAGGCCGCCCGGGAACGGAGACCCAGCUACCUUCCCACUCCACAUCGGAUGUAUGCAGAGAAAAGGAUGCUCACUGAGGUUUGA